AUGUCUGGAUUAUUAGCUAAGGCUACAGAUAAUAAAAAUGAGUUAUGUCCAUCUCUUACUUACAAACAAAGAUUAAUUGGUUUUAUAACAUGUUCAGUAUUAGGGUAGAUUUGUUCAAUUUUAGCCACUAUAUUGUUUGUUGCAGUCAAAAGAGGUUCACCAGCAAAAUUUGCUAUUAUUUUUACCAUAGGAAAUAUAAUUUCUUUAGCUGGUAUUUGCGUUUGCUAAACAAUAAUUUUUUAAAAUAAUAAAUUCUUUUAAUAAAAAUUUUGA